AGUGACGGCCGCGCGGGAGCGGUCACGUGACCGUAGCGGCUGCCUGUACAGUAAGGACCCAAUAUGGCAGCGGCGGUAGCAGUGGCAACGGCAGCAGGAGGACCGGCCGCCUCAUAGACCCCCCCGCGCACUACCCCCGCCGCUUCCUCUGUUUGGGUGCUCCUCCGGCCUGACUUCCCCUUUCUCCCACCUUUCCCGGCACCGCGGGAAAAGCAGCGCAGGGCAGAGCAGGCAGGGAGGGCGGCCGGAGCCCGGACACGGGAACCUCCCAGUCAGUUCAAGACCCGACAUGAGGGAAAAGGGCCGUAGGAAGAAGGGCAGGACCUGGGCGGAGGCCGCCAAGACGGUCUUGGAAAAAUACCCCAAUACACCCAUGAGUCAUAAAGAAAUUCUUCAAGUUAUCCAGAGAGAAGGACUAAAAGAAAUUAGAAGUGGGACUUCCCCUCUUGCAUGCCUGAAUGCAAUGCUGCACACGAAUUCCCGAGGUGAAGAGGGCAUCUUCUAUAAGGUUCCAGGUAGAAUGGGAGUAUACACUUUGAAGAAAGAUGUGCCGGAUGGGGUGAAAGAGCUAUCAGAAGGUUCAGAAGAAAGCAGUGAUGGUCAGUCAGAUUCCCAGAGUUCUGAGAACAGCAGCAGCAGCAGUGAUGGUGGCAGCAACAAGGAGGGAAAAAAGAGCAGGUGGAAGAGGAAAGUAUCGUCUAGACUGUCACAGCCAUCCUCUCCCCAGUCAGGCUGCCCAUCACCCACCAUUCCAGCAGGUAAAGUCAUUUCUCCAUCACAGAAGCACAGCAAGAAGGCACUAAAGCAGGCUCUAAAACAGCAACAGCAGAAGAAGCAGCAGCAGCAAUGCAGGCCAAGCAUGUCCAUCUCCAACCAGCAUCUCUCUCUGAAGACUGUCAAAGCAGCCAGUGACUCUGUACCUGCCAAACCUGCAAUAUGGGAAGGAAAGCAAUCUGAUGGUCAGUCAAGCAGCCCUCAGAACUCAAACUCCAGCUUUUCUUCUUCAGUUAAAGUGGAAAAUCCUUUGCUAGGCUUGGGGAAGAAGUCAUUCCAGAGGUCUGACAGGCUCCACACAAGGCAAAUGAAAAGGACUAAAUGUGCUGAAAUUGAUGUUGAGACACCAGACUCCAUUCUGGUUAAUACAAAUCUACGAGCGCUGAUCAACAAACACACUUUUUCAGUCCUUCCUGGAGAUUGCCAACAGCGACUGCUUUUACUACUUCCAGAGGUGGAUCGACAGGUUGGUCCAGAUGGUCUGAUGAAGUUAAAUGGCUCAGCCCUUAACAAUGAGUUCUUCACUUCAGCAGCCCAAGGCUGGAAGGAAAGACUCUCAGAAGGUGAAUUUACACCUGAGAUGCAGGUGAGAAUUCGACAAGAGAUUGAGAAGGAGAAAAAAGUGGAGCCAUGGAAAGAACAAUUCUUUGAAAGCUACUAUGGUCAGAGUUCUGGUCUGAGCCUUGAGGAUUCAAAGAAAUUAACAGCUUCACCCAGUGAUCCCAAAGUAAAGAAAACCCCAGCUGAGCAAUCAAAAUCCAUGCUUCCUUCAGAGCCCUCUCCUCUCAGUAUAGUCCCAGUAAUUCCCCAGUUAGAGUCUAAAGAAGAAGUAGUACAAAUGCCAUCACCAGUCAGAAAAGAGGAGCAUGAAAGCCAAGAUAAGGUGCAGCCAAACUCCAAAUCCACAGAGCCCCUACUUUCCCCAGCUAGCGAUGCAGAUGAGCUUAACAGUGUUAUUUCCAUCAAGUGUCCAAAGGAUGAGGAUCAGUUGGAGCAGAAGCCAGUUGCCUCUGCUGAACAGGAGUCUGAGAAAGAGAAUCAUCUCACUGCAGCUUCUAAUUGUAACAAAAAUGAAAGCCAGGAAGCUCUAGUUACAUCCCAGAGCAAAUCCAAGAGUCCUGGGAUGGAAAAACCAGUGAUGAAGCCCAUAGUAGAAGCAGGUUCACAGGAGACCCCUAUGCAAGAGCCUCCAUCAGCUCUGGUUGACCACAGCCCAGAAAGCCUCAAGAGGAAAGCUUCUCUCACCCAAGAAGAGGCCGCUACAAGCUGGGAGAAAAGGCCACGUGUCGCUGAGACUCGCCAGCACCAGCAGCCAUUUCAAGUCUCUCCACAGCCCUUUCUCAAUAGAGGGGACAGGAUCCAGGUGCGAAAAGUACCACCUCUCAAGAUCCCGGUCUCCAGAAUCUCCCCCAUGCCGUUUCCUACAUCACAGGUCUCUCCCAGGGCUCGUUUUCCAGUCUCCAUCACUAGUCCUAACAGAACAGGAGCCAGAACUCUUGCAGACAUCAAAGCAAAAGCCCAGCUGGUCAAAGCACAGAGGGCAGCAGCUGCCGCUGCAGCCGCAGCUGCUGCAGCCGCCUCAGUUGGAGGGACCAUUCCAGGACCUGGCCCAGGGGGUGGACAAGGUCCAGGAGAGGGUGGUGAAAGGAAAACUGCUAGAGGAGGGAGUCCAAACUCAGAGAGAGUCGGUGAAACUGGAAAGGGCCUCACACUGGAACUGGCAGGAACUGGAAGCAGGGGAGGUACGAGAGAGCUUUUACCCUGUGGUCCAGACACUCAGCCCCAAUCUGAGACCAAGACCCCAGGCCAGGCACAGCCUCAUCGUGUCUCUGGAGCACAACUACAGCAAACCCCCUCAGUGCCUCCAACAUCUGCCAUUAGUGGAGCAUGCACAAGUGUCCCCUCACCAGCCCACACUAACGCACCCCCACCAGCUUUAGUGAAACUGAAUAAUGAAAAACUGAAUCUCACCAGAGCAACAGCCACAGUGGCCUCUCUAAGCCACCCACAAGGGCCCAGUAAUUGCUGGCAGGAGAAAGCACCUUCUACUCCAGCAGAUCCUGCUCAUUUUACUGCUGAUGGCACAAUUGAGCCCAAAGCAGGUUCUGCUAAGAAUACACCAAACCCUUCAGCCUCAGCAGAAACAAAUGCUAGUGCUUCAGUGGAUAUGACUCCCUCCCCUUUAACAUCUUUAUUAACAACAGCCACUUUAGAAAAGCUUCCUGUACCCCAGGUCAGUGUAACUGUAGCACCUACUGGAUCAGCUCCAUCCUUGAGCACUUUGCCAGCAGCUUCUAGCCUUAAAAUUCCAGGAAUUUCUUCAAAUAUGAAUGGACCCAUUUCAAGGCCAAGCUCUAGUAUUCCUGCUAAUAAUCCUCUGGUCACUCAGCUACUCCAGGGCAAAGAUGUUCCUAUGGAGCAAAUUCUGCCUAAACCUCUCACCAAAGUUGAAAUGAAAACUGUUCCACUGACUGCAAAAGAGGAAAAGGGGAUAGUAGCUCUCACGGGCACCAACAUAACAGAAAAUAGCACCAGAGAGGAGGUUAAUGAGAGGCAGUCUCAUCUAGCUGUACAGCAAUUGGGUAAAACCUUGCAGAAUAAGCAGCUCCCCCAGGUUCCAAGACCCCUUCAGCUCUUUUCAGGUAAGGAUCUAAGGGACUCGAGCAUUGACACACACCAAUACCAGGAAGGACUAAGUAAAGCAACCCAAGAUCAGAUCCUUCAGACUCUCAUCCAAAGGGUUCGGAGGCAAAAUGUUCCCUCAUUUGUGCAGCCCUCCCAGUUCAACUUCACUCACUCAGGUUUCCAGCUAGAAGACAUCUCCACAAGCCAGAGGUUCAUGCUGGGUUUUGCUGGCAGAAGGACAUCGAAGCCUGCAAUGGCAGGUCACUACUUACUUAACAUUUCCACCUAUGGCCGGGGUUCAGAGAGCUUUAGGAGGACCCAUUCUGUAAACCCUGAAGACCGUUUUUGUCUAAGUAGCCCCACUGAGGCCUUGAAAAUGGGAUAUACAGACUGUAAAAAUGCAACAGGAGAUAGUAGCAGCAGCAAAGAAGAUGACACUGAUGAGGAAAGUACUGGUGAUGAGCAAGAACCUAUCAUGGUGAAGGAGGAGCCCCAGGCUUCCCAGAGUUCUGGCAAGUGUGAAUCAAGUUCAGGACCCCACAAUAGAGAAACCCUAUCCACCGAUGAUUGUUUAGCUAAAAAGAAUCUGAAGGGAGAGACACCAGUGCAUGAGCAAACUACUUUAAUCAAGGAGAAUUACCUGUUCACUAGAGGCCAAACAUUUGAUGAAAAGACCCUAGCCAGAGAUUUUAUUCAGGCAGCGCAGAAGCAAAUGGCUCACGCGGUAAGAGGUAAGACAAUGCGUAGCAGCCCUGAGCUUUUCAAUUCUACGGCCCUUCCUCUACCUGCAGACAGUCCCACCCAUCAGUCUCUCCUCUUUCCACCACUGCAAACCCCAAAGCUGUAUGGAAGCCCCACACAGAUUGGGCCGAGCUACAGAGGCAUGAUCAAUGUCUCCACCUCAUCUGACAUGGACCAUAACUCUGCUGUACCAGGGAUGCCUGAUUAUAGCCAGGUAUCUAGUAACAUAGGUGAUGUCAUGUCCUUUUCAGUGACUGUCACUACCAUCCCUGCUAGCCAAGCUAUGAACCCCAGCAGCCAUGGCCAGACCAUUCCUGUUCAGGCCUUUCCUGAAGAGAACAGCAUAGAGGACACGCCUUCAAAAUGUUACUGCCGUUUGAAAGCCAUGAUCAUGUGCAAGGGAUGUGGAGCUUUCUGCCACGAUGAUUGCAUUGGCCCCUCUAAACUGUGUGUCUCCUGCCUUGUCGUUCGGUAAUGAGACUGGAAAGAGAACACUGUAAAGGAGGCAGGAAGGGAAGGGUUGACAAGAUGUGUUUUUUUGCGUCCUUUUGGAAUCACAGAAAUAAACAGGUUUCAGUUGUCUUAAGAGACAAAUGUUACUUAAUCAGGAAUACAGAGGAUAGAUCUUUACAUUUUAGAGGAAGAGCACCUUGUAUAGUAAGUCUGAGUCAAGCAAGACUUUGUGUAUUUGUGACAAGUUUGCACUUACAAAAUCAUGUAAAUAUGUCACAUUUUAACAUUAUUUUUCCAAGUGUUUAGGUAAUAAUGUGUUACUUUGAAUUCAGAUUUAUGUCCCACUUGACGUGACUCUGACAAACGUUGAAUGCCAUGCAUGGUGAAAGGAAGCUCUCUCCCUUCUGUCCUUUCCUAGGAGGCUAGGAAAAAGAAGGAGUGAAGAAAUGGUCUGGAGAAAUGACCAUUCAUGCUGAUUAUGUCUUGACAGUCUGACUGCAGGCUUUAGUAGAUUAUUCAGCCUUUGCAGGAUUUGGAUUCAGGGUUUACUCAGUCCUUUUACCUUAGACGGAACCUUCUUAAGUUCAAAUUUUUGAUAGAGUAUUAAUUUCACAAGUAGUGUUUCAGACUCUGAAAGCUCUGGCUUGGUUCUUCCAUAAACCAGAACUCUUGCCAAGCACUCUGCUUGCAAUUUGCGGAUUCCUGCUGUUCCCCAAUCCCAUGCCCCCUGCCCUGAGUCAGUGAAUGUGGUCCAUGAAGAGUAUCCUCUCUGGGCCCCUGUGUUACCAUAGCCUGUGCAGGGCAACAAUUCCAGCAAUAAUAUCCAAGUACUUAAUUAUUUGUGGGAGCUUACAAACAGGUUUGAAAUAGAAGUAUGAAGUUUAACAGAAAAGUGUUAGUGAUGGGGUGAUUUGAACUGUGUUUUGUUGGGCAAGGGGAGUAAAGGUACAGAAACUGUUAAACUGAACAUAAAGAACCUUGGAAGAUGAUUUUAACACUAGAAACAAGGUAGCCUCUCUUUUCCUCUUCUCUCCCAGCCUGUUACCUAAUAUUCUAUAGUCAUAUUGCUGCAGGUGGAAAAGCUCAUUCAUGCCACAUUUGCCCAUUUUGGUAAACCUGUUUUGACCUCCCAGGCAUCUGAGGAGUAUGGAGUAGUCUGUUACACAUUACUUUGAACACACACGUGUGCACACACAGAGUAAAAGUCAGACACUUUUCUGUUUUAGAAGAAUAAGUCCCCUGUUUGGAUUACUACUGUCUAUGCACUAGAAAUUUCUAACAUAAAAGGGCUUCAGUGAAUGGCUAAGAGAACAUCUAGAAAGGAAGAGAAAUUAGCUCCAAAGUUUCAUUGUUGUCGUUUGUUUUUGUUUAUUCUUUUUUGUUUCCUUUUUUGUUGUAUUUUUAAUCCUGUCUCUAGUGAUUGAAGAACUUUUGAGUACAUAUAUUUAGGUCAUGGUUAAAGAACUUUAAAAUAAAUCUACAGUUUACCAGAAUUUGGUAUUAAAAAACCGGGUAUUGUCAAUGUGCAUCAUUUGCAUAUUGAUUUCAAGUUUCCUAAUUUCAAGUGUGUAAAGUAAAAAUAUUACUGCAACCUGGUAUGGUUGUCGUCGUACUUAAUAUUCAGGAUGUGAUAUUUACAGCAUGCAGGACUGUGUAAACUUGUUAAGUCACAUUCCAGAUUAGCAUAAACUAGGCAGUAAUAAUCUUUGCUUUGCCCCCAUUCGACUACCCCAUUCCUCCCCACCCUACCCUCCGCAUUAUACACUCUUAAUACUUUCAAACCCCAUAAAAAACUUACUACUUCACUAUUUUUCAUUUUUUGUUUCUGGUUUUUUUGUGGCCCAAGGCAAAUACAGGAUUAAUAUCUGUGUGCUAGUUUCAGCCAAGACAACAUGAUAUCCUUCUAACUUCCCUUUUCUUCUAGCACACACAUAGGUAACAGAUACGAAGGCUGCAUGGAUCCAGGGAUAAGGAGUAAGUUCUCUGGCAAGAACCUAUAGGAAACAGAAACCAUGGUUCUGUUCCCAAAUUUGCAGUACCCUGGGUAAUCCAAGGGGGGUUUAAAAAGACCUAUUGCUAGUUAAAACUCUCCAUGGCCAGCUUCUUCACUCCCUACUUUACUGGCAGGACUGAGGGCUGGUCUGCGUGCUAGAAGUGGUUGAGUGUUUCAGAGCUGACCCCGUGCUAAACAUUAAUUACCAAUUUGGAUUGGUCAGUUUUCUUUUUCGCACCUUUCCUGUCGUAGAAAGUCUCUCCUCCAUGGUUCCCUUAAUCUGAGGAUGGACAGACUAACCAGGAAAGGAGGAAAGGCAUCAGGGAUUUUCAAGUCCUUUUAGAGAGCAAACCAUAUUGUGCCUCUGCAUCUUGACCCAGGCUCUUGCAGAUAGAUUCUAAGCAUUACUUUUCACCAGAUUCUCUUAACAAAUAAUACCCAGCUAAUAAAAUAUUUGCGUUUAUGAAUGCCCCUAAAACAGAAGUUGUCAACUAAGUACACUGCCUCAAUGUUGACCAAAUGAGAGAAUAGUUAGAUUUUCUUAGAUUGGUAGUAAAUUGAAUACAAUCCAUUUAUCAAUUUGUUUCAAAACACUGGUUUCAAGUAGAAAGUCAUUCAUCUUACGAACUGAACACAAAACGAAACAAAACCAUUACAGUCUGGCCCUUUUGCAAAUGAAGCAGCAGGAACAAGAAAAUCUUUAAAUUAUUAGAGUAUGUACUCCAGUACCUUUAAAGCAGUUUUUAUCUUAGGUUUUCAGUUACUUUACCUUGCAAUUCAAUCUGAAAUGUUUCUGAUAAGUGCUAAGCUUAUUUUCAUGGUAUUAAAUUGCACUAUUUCCAGUGACUAGUCAGGCAUUGUGCCUGGUGCUUAUGUCUCCAGGGGAUGCUUCUUGAGCCUUCAGAUACCUUCCACUGAAGGUCCCCUGGGGUAGAUUGCAUUAAGGAUAUAUCAUCUCAUGUUCUAAGUUGUCUAGUAGAGAAGGCUCUCUUGAGUCUUAAAGAAUUUUGAUUAAAAUUCUCCAUCCUAUUAAAAAAUAAAGCCAAAUAACCUGGAGUUGUUUGCCCUACUUCUGUUCGUUAACCCCAAUGCUCAAGAUACUGAAGCUAUCUGUGGUAUCCUAUGUAACGUCCUUAAGAAUAAGAUUUGGCAAAUGGGAAAUUUUUCUUGGGGUAGGGGAAACAUACUUGCGUGAGCUGGGAAGGCACACAGAUGUAGCUGUUUUAGGAAUUAUCUGAGAUUUAAAUAAAUAGCCAAAGGAAGACCUCAUUGCCUUCCAUGUGAAAGUGUAAAUUCAUACAUAUUAACAACCUGACAUUUACCAUCCUAAUUGCUUACUGUUGCCUUUCUCCACCUUAGAGUCCUUAACUCUUGGGUGAAAUGGUUUGUUAUAAUGAGGAGGUCUUCUCUGGUCAUUGUAUCGCUAUUUAUUUCUAGAACUCACUGUCCAUGAGCAGUGCCAGGAUUGUUUUCUCUGUGACCCAGAGGUUUCACUUCACAGCAAGGAGAGAAAAGUCUCCCUGCUGUAUUACAACAAUGUGCUAAGUAAAAAACUUGGCCAAGGGUAGUUUUCAGCUCAAUUUAUAGAAUAGUCCAAAGAGACUCAGAAACAUGAUGAUAGGCAGGGAUCUUUCCUACCAUGUUUCAAUACCUACAUACCUAUUGAAAGAGAACAAUAGGUAAAACAUUUCCUAAAGUUGAAGUAAGAGCUUCAUAGAUUCUUGGUUACUUUAUUUUUUUUAAUGCUUUACAUUUGAUACAACUAUUAAAGAUCAAUUUUAAAAAUAGCUUUCCAGUAAUAUAUUUUAAGUAAUAUAUAUUUUAAUAUCUAUGUAAAAAUUGACAGUGGAAGACUUUGAAUUUCUCAUAUAUGGUAUGUUUAAUGUAGGACCUCACUGUUAAGGCACAAAUGAUUUCAAAGGAAGUUACUCUAAAGACACUCAGAUUAUUUCCAAAAAACGCAAUAAGGGGAAUGGUUUUGGAGUUUAUUUUUUAUUUUAAAAGAAAGUUGACUUAUUUGCCACAAGCUAUUUUUUUUUUCCCUUCUAGCUAUAAGGUUUGUACAGACUGGUUUGGUAAAUGAUAAACUUUUGUGUCUUUUGCCUUUUUAAAGGAAUUGUUAACAUUGGAAUUGAGGGUAUGUACAGAGAAGUUGGUGUCAACACCAUUUAAAAAUUCAUAUUUUUUCACAAUAUAGAAAAUCAUUUUACAUAAGAAUUUUAAGUAUUUGCAAUAAAUAUAUGUAUAUAGAUUGUAUGUAUUCAUAUAUUCUUAUUUUUCAUUUUAUUAUUAAGUAAAAGAUAAUUAAA